UACAAGUGUGUAGUGAGUGAUAGAUUAGUUUUGAUUUAAUCUAAAAAGUGAUAGUGGAAAAGGAACAGAAAGAGUCUGAAAUUAUGUCUCUGUCAUCACAGGAUGUCUCCGCACCGCGGCGCACAAAAAGCCGCUGGAGUUGCGGUCUCGACUACACAGCGCGAGGAGUUCUGCUAGCGGAAUGGGCGGGUACUGCGUUGCUUGUGCUCCUCAGCUGUUUGCCAGCGUGCGCCGGCGCACCGAUGUACGUGUGUGCAGCUGCUGCAGGUCUCGCUGUGGCACUAUUAGUCCAGUGCUUCGACCACAUCUCCGGUGCCAUGUUUAAUCCUACCGUCCUCCUAGCAGCGAUGCUAGCCCGGCGCGUGGCGCCCAGCCUAGGCGCUGGCAUGUUUGGCGCCCAACUACUGGGCGCCGCGACGGGCUCCGGUGUAUUACAUCUCCUGGCACCAGUGUCUAAUGCCACUGAUCUGUGUAUGACACUGCCUAUGGAUACCCUAUCGGUGUACAAGGCGGUGUGCAUCGAAGCUAUCCUAGGUGGGUUACUGGCGCUAGCAAACAUGGCAUCGUGGGACCCUCGGAAUAGACUGCUAGCAGACUCCUGGCCGCUACGAAUAGGUUUCAUCGUCGCCGGCCUUUCCAUAAUCGCGGGUCCUCUGACGGGUGCCAGCAUGAAUGCAGCUCGCAGCUUCGGGCCUGCUCUAUGGAGCGGCAACUGGAAGCACCAUUGGGUAUACUGGGUGGGUCCCCUAAGCGGUUCUAUCCUGUGCACGCUCAUCUACCGCCGAAUAUGGGCAGUGGACGGACUGCAGCCGGCGCGCGCGGCGCCCGACCUCACCGCAGCGUUGCCGCUUCCAGCGUUAGGGCGAGAGUCGAAGACGCAUUAUUCUGUUUGAAUCUUAAACAUAUAAGGUUUUUCAUAGUCGACAGUGCCGACAUCUAACGUCAAUUAACGGAAUUAAAAUUACUGCUACUUGUCAGUAGAUGUCGCAACGAAGGGAAAGUCUAAUGCUCAACGAUUUUUAGCUAAUAACUAGAUUAAUAGGUAUAAGGUUAGGUACCUUAGGUACUCCAUUUUUAAUUCGUUCAUAUACAAAACAACAUUAGAAUAAAAAUCACACUUAAUUUUUAACGGCUUUUCAGUUUGUCCACACCUGGCGUUAGUCUAAGGUAAGUUGGCAAAAAAAGGGUUUCACAAACAGCCUCGCCUGUGAAACUCUUUUUUAAACGUCAUCCUUCGAUGACGAAAUUAUGACGUUACCACGUUUACUUACACAGGCGGCGCUAACAAAAUCAUUACCAACUUAUUUUAGCCUGACUCUAGCAGACGUCUUAGCCAUCCCUAAAAACACUGAAGUCUACAGUUCAAUUCCUUCGAACGUUGAAAUAUAAAUGCUUCAAGCGCCAUCUCUCGACGAGUAGAAGUACAAGUAGAGUUAUAUUUUUUACUAGGUGGCGCUACUAAUGCAAUACUGGUAAAAUAUUUAUUUUUAUUAUAAAACAUGGAAUUUCUCAUUAAAGAAAAUUACUACUAAUAAAGAAAUAU